GCUGUCUGCGUACAUGUUCUUCGCCAAUGAACAGCGCGAAAAUGUUCGCGAGGAGAACCCCGGUGCCACGUUCGGCCAAGUUGGCAAGAUCCUCGGUGAGCGGUGGAAGGCUCUGACCGACAAGCAACGGGCGCCGUACGAGGCCAAGGCCGCCGCUGAUAAGAAGCGCUACGAAGAUGAGAAACAGGCGUACAACGCCGACGGCGAGGAAGAGGAGUCUUCCUAGGCGUGCUCUAUUCUCGCCGACGCAUUGCGCUCUUGGCGACCA